AUGUCCAGUCAGGAGUCAUCGGGCCACCGACAGAUGCGCCCAUGCCAGAAUUGUCUGGCAUUGAAUGUACCCUGUGAGAUAGGCGUUUCAAAGCGAGGAAAGUAUCCCCGUAAGAAGAGUGCUCGGCAACAAACCGACGGCAACUCGGUCCAAUUGCCGGCAUCAUCUGCGAAGGGAGGGAACCAUUCAUUCACCGUGUCAGCAGGUGAUAAAUCCGACGCAAAAGAGUCGCAUGUUCACCCGAUACCAGGGGAUGCUGCGAGUGCGCAUCCAACAGUGUUCUUUGGUGAAUCGAGUCCACUCACUGUAGUGAUUGACGAAGGGCGCCGGUCGCCUGAAAAGGGAACUAAUGAGAUGCAUAUGACUCGCUUUCAUUAUGCCAUUCCUGAGAAACUUGAUGCCUUCAACACCCGUGAUGAGGCUUUCCGAGCACACAAGAUCAAGCAGGAAGGCCAGCUGAGAGCUGAUGGGGCCUUCUCGUACCCGCCGCCAGAGACAUGCGAAACUCUUCUGCGGGCGUACUUUGACUGGUUUCACCCCUGUUUCCCAAUCCUUGAUUGUGCUGCGGUGUAUGAGAGCUAUGUGCAGGGGAGCAUGUCGCCCCUCUUACUCCAGGCGAUACUGUUCAUAGGCGUCAGCCUUUGCACGGAUGAGGUGUUUGCCCGGACGGAGUUUUCUGUUCGGUACUGGGCCAAGUUUCUCUUUUACAGCCGAGCAAAGGCAAUCUACGAUGCUGAAUGGGAGUCUAACAAGACGGUCAAGAUUCAAGCGCUGUUUUUGUUGAGCUUCUGGCGUGGAGGACCAUCUGAGGAGCGGGACAUUCGAUUCUGGCUUGGCAUUGCCAUUGACCUGGCACAAAAGCGCGGCAUGCAUUUGAUGUAUGUAUUCUUUUGUCUUACCCUGUCUCCUGUUAACUCAGUCAGGUCCAAAUUCCCGUUUGCCUCCCGUCGAGAGGCAGGUCUAUGGAAGCGGAUUUGGUGGUCGCUUUACACCCGAGACCAGCAAAGCGCCGCAGCACUUGGGCUUCCGCCACACAUUCGGGACGAAGACUGCGAUGUCGACAUGCUAGAGCCUGAGGAUAUCCGAGAGGAGGCUGUGGGCGGCCAAAGUCAUUUUGGGGUGCAGUGUAUCGAAGACCUCUCUUAUCCAGCCGAAAUGGCAAAGUUAGCCAAAUUAUUGCGUUCUAUUGUCUCGACCCAGUACUCGCCGCUGGGUCCGUCAUCUAACGGUGCGUCACGAGCGGCAUUGCACCAGCAACUGAGGGACUGGGAAGCCAAUAUGCCUCUUGAGCUGAAGCUGGAAAAUGCCACAACUCCACGAGCCAAGUUUCUGGCCGGACUCUUACAUAUGACAUACCAGUAG